AUGUCACGGGAGAGGGCGGAGGAGGUGGCCAGGCAGAUGGCCAGCCUCCUAGAAGCAGGUUUCAUACGGGAACUAGACUACUCGACCUGGCCCUUGAAUGUAGUUCUGGUAAAAAAGCAUAGCAGCAAAUGGAGAAUAUGCGUAGACUACUCCGACCUCCACAAGGCAUGCCCUAAAGAUUGUUUUCCCCUCCCUAACAUAUACGCACUCGUCGACGCGGCGGUAGGCUACCGGUAUCUGAGCUUCAUGGAUGCCUACUCCGGCUACAAUCAGAUACUGAUGCACCGACCCGACGAGGACAAGACAGCAUUUAUAACGCCUGGGGGAACCUUCUGUUACAAGGUGAUGCCAUUCGGCCUAAAAAAUGCAGGGGCAACAUACCAAAGGCUGAUGAACAAAAUAUUUCGCGACCUCGUAGGCAAGACAGUGGAAGUCUAUGUAGACGACAUCCUCGCGAAAACUACGCGACCUGACGACCUCCUGAAUGACCUGGCAAAUGUAUUCGCGUCUCUCCGACAACACGAGCUUCGGCAACAAAAGCCCUACCAUUCUUUAACCGCAUGCGAGGAAGCUUUUAGACACUUCAAGGAAAUCCUGGCGACACCCCCUGUGCUCGGAAAGCCAAAGGCCGAGGAGCUGUUAUACCUAUACCUCGCCAUAACAGGAGAAGCCCUGGCUGCGAUUUUGGUACGAGAAGAAGGAAGGGCUCAACAGCCAGUUUAUUUCGUGAGCAGAGCCCUACAAGGAGCAGAACUAAGGUACAGCAAACUGGAAAAGCUAGCUCUGGCACUCUUGACCUCUUCGCGGAGGUUAAAACAAUACUUCCAAGGUCACCAGAUUGUCGUAAGGACGGACCAAGGAAUCCGACAAGUGCUCCAAAAACCCGAUUUGGUGGGAAGGAUGAUGACUUGGUCCAUUGAUCUUUCCCAAUAUGACAUACGGUAUGAACCCCGGCAAGCAAUCAAGGCACAAGCAAUGGCUGACUUCUUAGUAGAAGUGACGUGGGAUCCAACCGAAGAGACGGACACACGGUGGAAGCUCCACGUGGACGGAGCCUCCAAUCAGAUGUCCAGGGGCGCUGGGAUCAUCCUGGAAAGCCCAGCCGGGCUCGUAUACGAACAAUCGAUCAAGUUCGAAUUUCCCAUCUCGAACAACCAAGCAGAAUACGAAGCCCUCAUAGGGGGCUUAGCCCUAGCAAUGGAAGUUGGAGCGACAAGGUUGGAAAUAUGCAGCGAUUCACAAGUAGUCACCUCCCAAGUAAACGGGAGCUACCAAGCCAGAGACUCACUAUUACAAAAGUACUUGGAGAAAGUCAAGGAUUUGAGCCAAAAGUUUGAGGAGGUCACGAUCCACCACGUUCCAAGAGAAAGGAACACACGAGCUGAUAUCCUAUCAAAACUGGCUAGCACGAAACCGGGAUAA